AUGUCGAAUAAGCCUCACCCCUUUGUACAAGCUUGGGCUGGCCGUCGGAAUACACCUUCGAUCAAACACAAAGAUUCCAAGGAGAGCGAUUGGACAUUAGAUACCUUGAAUGGAAGACCCAUCAAGUCGCCAUUGCGGGAGAUGUUUAUCGAAGAAACAAUGGCGGGCGAUUCCGUCAGAACUCAAGAAUGUGAUGAACAUCCGGGUGCAGCAGAGGAUGGUAUGAACAGAGGACAUAGAACGGAGGAGGAAAAGGAGGAUCCUGUAGCUAAGAGCUUCUGGGAUCCCAAUCUAUCUUUUGAAACUCAACAGCCCUUUCAUAACGACCAGCCUAACAUUAAAUCCGCCAAUAUACGACCACAUGACGAUGAUGAAGAUGAUUCACCUUAUCCUGAAGUACGAACAUCUGUACAUCCGACCGAUGAUCCUUCUUUACCAGUUUCCACUUUCCGAUCGUGGUUCUUAGGUAUAUUAAUGUCGAUACUCUUACCUGGUGUCAAUCAAUUUUUCAUUUAUCGUUAUCCAAACGUACUAGUACCAGGUAUAGUAGCUCAAUUGAUCGUACACCCAUUGGGAUUAGGUUUGGCUAAAUUACCAAGAAAGGGUUAUUGGAGAGUAAUAAAUCCCUGUGAAUGGAAUGCCAAGGAACAUACACUGAUAUAUAUAAUGGCGAACGUAUCUGCUGGAUCGGCAUACGCGACCGAUAUUAUAGCUGCUCAAAGAUUCUUCUAUGAUCAACGAUGGGGAUGGGGAUAUAACUUUCUUUUAGUCACAAGUACACAAAUGUUGGGGUUCUCUUUCGCAGGAAUACUGCAUAGAAUACUGGUCACUCCCGCAUCAAUGAUUUGGCCUGCAACUUUAGUGAACACAGCUCUCUUCAACACCCUUCACGCUUCUUCGGGACCUCAAGGAGGACAAAUUAAAUCACGGACUCGCCAAGUAUUCUUUUACGUCAACGCUGGAUUGAUGUUCGGUUGGAGCUUCUUCCCAAGCUACCUAUUUACCGCUUUGAGCAACUUUGAUUGGGUAACAUGGAUCAAACCCACCUCCCAGGUCAUAAACCUCUUAUUCGGAUACCAAACUGGAGCUGGCAUGUCAAUACUAACUUUCGACUGGGGAAUGAUGGCUGCAGUCAAUAAUCCCCUCGCCACACCUUGGUGGGUGAUUGGAAAUGUCUUGGGAGGCUUCCUUUUCUUCAUCUGGUUCCUUGGACCAAUAUUAUAUUAUUCGAAUAUAUUUUACGCCAAAUACCUCCCAUUUUCCAGUGCCAGAGUAUUCGAUAAUACGGCUUCCACAUAUAACGUGACUAAAAUCGUUCGCGAAGACGCUACCUUGGAUGUUGCAGCCUACGAUGGAUACUCGCCCGUUUAUAUGACUGUGACAUCAGCACUAUCAUAUGGAAUGAACUUCGCUGCCAUAACAUCCACAGUGGUUCAUUCCUUCCUUUUCUUUAGACAUCAAGUAUGGCACCAUCUUCUCCAUCCACCUUCGAGGGCCGAUGUUCACGCUCGUCUAGCUUCAAAAUAUCCUUCCGUACCAGGAUGGUGGUGUUUGACCAUCUUAAUCGUGAAUUUGAGUCUGGGUAUAGCGACUGUUCAAGCUUGGCCCACUCAGCUACCAGUCUGGGCUUUGAUGAUAGCUAUCGCUUUGGCUGGAGUGAUGGUUCUACCCAUCGGACUGCUACAAGCUAUAACAAAUAUGCAAGUUGGGCUGAAUGUAAUUAGUGAGAUAGUCAUUGGAGCUAUGAUACCUGGUAAACCUGUAGCUAUGAUGAUAUUCAAGACAUACGGUUAUAUUACUACUACUCAAGCAUUGGGCUUCGUCCAAGAUCUUAAAGUGGCGCAUUACAUGCAUCUACCUCCUCGACAUGUGUUCUUCGCUCAGAUCGUAGCUUGUGUCAUAGGAUCGGUCACUCAACUAUCAGUCCAAACUUGGUUAUUCAAUAAUGUUCCAGAUAUCUGUUCUUUAGAAUCAGAUAAAUGGUGGUGUCCUUCCACCAGAACUUUCUUCUCCGCUUCAGUGUUAUAUGGACUGAUUGGACCGAAAAGGUUAUUCGGUCCAGGGAGUUUAUACAAACACUUGAAUUGGUUUUACCUCUUGGGAGCUAUAAUGCCCCUUGUAACUUGGUUGAUGGCUAGAAGAUGGCCUAAAGUCGGUUGGCAAUAUAUUUGUUGGCCUGUAGUAUUCAGUUGCGUUUCUUUGCUGCCGCCUUAUUUACCUAUAAACUUUAUCAGUUUCUGUAUAGUAGGUUGGAUCACUCAAUACUACAUCCGAAGGAAAUAUUUCCAUUGGUGGUCUAGAUAUAAUUAUACCUUAUCGGCAGCUUGGACAUGUGGAUAUGCUCUAUGUGUCAUAAUCAUUUUCUUUACUUUACAAUUACCUAAAUCGGGACAUAUUGGAGAGCGUAUUCAAAAAUGGUGGGGAAACACUGUAUACUCAAAUACCCUUGAUGGUCAAGGUGGUGUCGCAGCCGCUGCUUUGCGCCUCAAGGAAGGUGAGACAUUUGGAUUGAAAGAUGGUUCAUGGGUCAAGUGA